AUGGAAAGUAAUUAUGACCGGCUAAAGCGCACCACUCUAAAAGAUUUAUUGGAGAGCCGUGGGGGAACUGCCAGCAACCGACACAGGAGGGAGCUGAUUGCGGAGCUAACCAAGCUUGAUCAAAGCUUCACCGUGGCAGAACCACGGGUUCCUCCCAGAGAUGAAAAGACUAGGAUUGUAAGGGAGAAGCUAUUACUGUUCGGGCCAAAUCCCUCAGAGGAAAGGAUAAUACAAAUAAUGGCCUACAUAGAUGCAGAAAUACAAGCAGCCAAGGAGUACGAAAUCCGCAGGAUAACUAUCAGCACUCCCCAGAGCCAGCUAUAG